AUGAUAUAUGAAGUCGAGUUCAAGGACGAGAAGGAGCCCCUGGUUUUCAAGAUGGUCGAUCGCUAUGGACCCUUUGUGCAGGAGUUCAUGACUCUCUUACAGUGUGAGAGACUCAAGAUUCAAGCACCCAGAAUCAAGGGACUACUUGGCGUCGGGACCAACUGCGGAGGCUUUGUUAUGACCAAGAUCCAGGCCUCUUUUUGCCUUGAUGACUGCCACUCCAAGUCGAUCAACUCCACCCUUGAUGACCGCAAGCGGUGGUAUCAGCAGAUUUCGGAUGCUCUUCAGGCCCUACAUGGCGUUGAUUACAUAUGGGGAGACGUCAAACCAGCGAAUGUUCUGAUUAGUGAGGAUGGCGACGCGUGCCUAAUUGACUUUGAGGGGGGAAACUGCCCUGACUGGGUUGAUGAUGAACUUUCUGACACUCCAGCUGGAGACUUCUUGGGAGGAUUCGGAAAUUCCUGA